UCUGCAGGGGGGGAAAAAAACCAAAGGGUUGUUUAUUUUGAAAUUGGGAAUAAAAGAACUUUUCCUUAAAAGAAAAAGUGUGCUUAAAAAAAUAAGAUGAUAGUUAAGCUUCAGAUAUUUUUAAUGAUUUGGGGAAUACAUGGUUAUCAGCUCAUUCCCAGGAUUGAAGAAUGUGGACUCGCGUGUUCGCAGGGAUUUCAUUGCAAAACACAGACUUCCACUGGUAUUUUUAACAGUUUCUGCCACCUGCCUCCCGCCUCUCUUUCUCCGGUCGUGCUGAGAAACAUGAAGCUUUGGACUGCAAUGAAAUGCACAGAAGAAGGCCAAUGCUCCCUUCACUUAAGCAUUAAAGGGACACUGCACCUUCAUGAAAAUGUGCGUGGAAUGGAAAUUUGCUCUCUCUCAAUGAACACUCAGAAAUCUCAGUGCGUGAAUGUGAAGGUUUCUAGAAACACGCAUGUAAAACUGACUGGAAAGAAGGUGAAAAUACAGUUUAAUUGCUUUGAAGUCAGUGCAGGGCAGCAGGUCUACGUGACCAUGAGAACAAUCCCAAAUUACUGUGGAGUCCAACUGAAUCAAGAGUAUUACGUUGAAGAUUGCAGAAACAGUGAUGUGGGAACAAAUAUUCCAAACUGCUUUGCUGGAAAAUUGACUUACGAAGUGGAUAGAGCAAGACAAACCAUAUUGCUGAAUAUAUCCGAUGUGGCCCAAAGCACUGGUUAUUAUGUCCGUUUAUGCCACCAGUGGUUUGUGUGUGAGGAUGUGGGAUCGGUUGCCUUGAUUCAAACGAAUGACUUGGUGAAAUCAAUUUCUUUGCCGUUUACCCAGAUGUUGCCUUGCCUGUGCAUUGAGGCCUGGCCGGCGAUUCCAGAUGCACGGCGAAUGCAGAUGUGUCCUUUUAAAAAUAAUAUCGAGGCCCUAUGGGAUAACUUUAUUUAUAAUCCUAUCACCCAAACGCUGACUUGGGAAGCUGCCUGUCCCAUUCAUGUCAGUGUCAGUCUUUGUGAGCUGAUGAAGACAAAUGAUCAAUGUAUUGAUCUGCCAAACUCUUCAAAAACAGCUUCUGAGAAAGUAAAAUAUUCCCGUGUGGAUGCACAUGAGAAACUUUGCAUGAAGUUUACAAUGAAGGAUGGCUCUUGGGUUAGAUGUCCGUUCGCUCAUGGAUAUUCCCAAGCUUGGACAAUGAAAGUCUCUAGGAUGGAAGAACAGAUACAAGCUUCCUUCACAUCAAAUACUGAGGCACAGUUUUCAGUUCUUGUUUGUAACGGGACUGAGUCGUCUUCAUGUGACUCUGCUGGAAUACACCAGUCAAUCUCAGUGGGCAGUUUGACUACCACAUCUGUCAACAUUUCAGGGAAAACAUGUGGUCUGAAUAUCUGCAUUCAGGGAUGGAGGACAGAUGUGGAUUAUUCUAUUCCUACAUACAUCUGUGAUUUGCCCUGCGCUGUUUCAUCUCAGAGUCAUCAACAUCACGGAAGUUCCUUCAAUAUCCUCUCGGUAAUAGCAAUGCUUGCUGUCCUUGUCUCUAUGGCGGCUCUCCUUGGAUACCAGCUUUUGUCAGUUCUUCACAGAAAGCGACUGGAAAGAAAAGGUGCAGAACAUAUCAAAAGACAGAGAAUGAAGAGUAUCCGUUCUUCACACUGAUGUAGAGAAGUCAUGAAUGUAGCAGAACAUUUCAGCUUCCUUGGCAACCUUCCAAGAAACAGGAUUGCUUCUCUACUGCUAACUGUUACUUAAGUGACUGAUCGUUCCAUGCCAGUAAUCCUCACUGAGUGACUUCAUUAAGACAAUUAACAGGCAUAUAGUUUGAAGAAUAAAUGUCUUACAGUGUCCUGCUAUCAUGGUAGCCAAUUUCAUAGACUCAGAGUUGGAAGGCGUCUUAUAGGCCAUCUAACCCUACUUCCUGCCCAUUUCAGGAAAUCUACCGGACUGUUUUUGCCAUUAGGAAGUUUCUCCUAAUGUUUACCUGAAAUCUACCAUCCUGUAAUUUGAUUUGCUUCCAAUCCAACUAAGGGGACCUUGACGCACCACAACAGUGCCAUGGUGGGAGUUGUUUUUUGUUGGGUUAAUCCCAUGGUGCUGUUGACACAUUUAAAAGUUCUCAUAGGUGGGGCCAGUAGCCUAGAAUGAACAUCCUCCCCUCAGGUGAGACUUGCCAAUUCUGGAGACCCACUGUCCCUGCCAACCUGGUUCUGGUAUGCAUUUCAAUAUUAUGCAGUGCUGUGGGAUGAACACAUUUCUGAGACAUGUAAGGAAUCUGACAGCACAGAUUUGUUUGCUACAGCAAGUCCUUCUAUUUGAAGACCAUGCCAUUCAUGAUAUACCUUUAUACAAAACAAAUACAUCUUUCUAGGGGGAUUGAACUUUUGUAUAGAUUUUUUUGCAACGGAGAUUUGUUUGUUGUAUUUUGUCCUGAGUUUUUAUUGCUGAAGACGUCUUGCCGGGGGGGGGGGGAGGGCAGGGGGAUGAAACCUAAUCCUUAGAUAAUUGUCCGAUUUGUUACACAGAUGGACUUGUGUAGCCAGAAAUGGAAUGCAUUCUAUCUACGGCUGGAGUCCUAAGCAUGAUUAUUAGGAAAUGAGCAAUUGAGCUCUGUGGAGCUUUCUUCUGAGUAAGCAUGUUCACAAAGGGCUUUAAUUCGAAUCCACAGAGACAGCCGGAGUCUUUUAUGGCUCAUUUCAUUUCCUAGUAUCUUAAAAGGUUAUCUGGAAUCUACGUCGUCAUCCACUUGGAAACAGUGCAAUGGAUCACUACUGCAGCUGUGAACCGCCCUCCCUGGUCUUCCAAAGGUCCCCUUGCUGACUUCAACCUGCAAAAUUAGACUCCUUCUGUUGGUGGGAGUGGGAAAAAAGUGGGCAAAAGGACCAGGGGGCCAAUGGGGGGGGGACUCAGGAAAUGUUGCAUUUUUCAACAUCUCGGAGCAUUGAAAAGUGUAGGUGCAACCAUUUUUGGACAAGAGUUGGCUUAUCUAUUGUAUGAUAUUUGUGCUUAUCUAUGUAUGGUAUUUCAUGACAACUGAAAUAAAGUUUA